GUCUGAAAGUGAGAUUUAGCAAAUGCUUCCUCACUCUCAUCCACUGUUUCUACGCUUUCACGCAUAAAAGGCGCAAAUGGAUUUCAACAUAACGCUCUCGGAGCGCGACCUGGUCGUUUGGAGCGCACUGGCGCAGAGACUCUUCGGGAAUCACUCUCUGGCUCAGUUUGAAAACAGCACGGCCGCUUCAGUCACAGAUGAGGAAGACUUGGAGGUCAACACGAAUGUUUACGCGAAGGUGAUCGUGACUGUCGUCUACGUGGCUCUGUUCGCUGUGGGCUCCCUGGGCAACUCCAUCACUCUGUACACGCUGCUGACCAAAAAGACCCUGCAGAACCUGCAGAGCACCGUGCAUUACCAUCUGGCCAGCCUCGCCGUGUCCGACCUCCUCAUUCUCAUCCUCUCUAUGCCCAUCGAGCUCUACAACUUCAUCUGGUUCCACCACCCGUGGGUGUUCGGGGACGCGGUAUGCCGGGGUUACUACUUCCUCCGGGACAGCUGCUCUUACGCCACCGCGCUCAACAUCGCCAGUCUAACCGUGGAGCGCUACAUGGCCAUCUGCCACCCGUUCAAGGCAAAGAGCAUCAUGUCCCGCAGCCGCACCAAGAAGCUCAUCAGCGCCAUGUGGCUCGCGUCCUUCGCGCUGGCCACGCCGAUGCUCUUCAUCAUGGGCCAGGAGGUGCGCAAAGGCGAGAAGAUCUGCACGCCUGUUGUCUCCCUCGUCACCAUGAAGACGGUUCUUCAGGUAAAUGCCUUUCUGUCCUUCGUGGUUCCCAUGGUGGCCAUAUCUGUGCUGAAUGGGGUCAUAGCCAAUCAGCUGCUGCGGAUGUUCCGUGAGGCAGAGCAAGACAACCGAGUUUGCAUCGUCGGAGGAAAUCCCACCACGCUCAACGUCACAGUGGAGCCCAACCGUGCUCAGUCACUUCGCCAUGGAGUACUUGUUCUCAGAGUGGUGGUUGUUGCCUUCGUGGUCUGCUGGCUGCCCUAUCACGCUCGCCGCCUUAUGUUCUGCUACGUCUCCGAAUGGUCUGAGAUCUUGUACGACUUCUACCACUAUUUCUACAUGGUGACCAACGUCCUGUUCUACGUCAGCUCGGCCAUCAACCCCAUCCUCUACAACCUGGUGUCGGCCACCUACCGUCAGAUCUUCUUUGCCACGCUGCGCUACUUCUGCAUGCCCUGCCAAAACACGCCCAGAAGGCGCCCCCACCCGCUGACCCGCCACUCCAUCAGCAUCUCCAGCAACCACACCCUCUCCACCAACAUCAUCAAAGAGACGGCGUACUGAUCGCGCCACACUGACACACAAUUUACCACAAAAAAAAACCAUCUGCUUCUGCUGCUGCUUUGAAGCAGAUGGAAAUCUGGGCGUCAGAGUCUGUACAACGGUUAAUCCAUUGCAGUGGUGGCCAUUAUUGAUGUGAUAUCGAGGUAUCACACUAACGCUGCUGUGAUUCCAUUUCUGAUUGUGUCAUCACUUAUCGUCUUCUGUGUCUUUACGGAGCAUAAAAUAGUGUAAAAAAAUAUGUAGAAAAGGAAUUGUGAAAAAUGGGAGGAAGGGAUGGUGGACAUGAGCAGAAUUUACACUUUAAAUUAAACAAAUGAAGUUGAUAUAUAAAUGUUUUCUAAAAUGUGAUUCUAUAUGUGCAUUUUUUUACUGAUCAUUCACACCUGCUUGAUCGGGAGACACCGCGACUCGGCGCAACUGAGCAUGCCAGGGUUCUCUAAAGAGACACGGGUCCGUGAAAGUGCUUGAAUUUUGUGCAAGAAAGAAGUUAAGUUAAUAUUUAGGUAAAUGUUUGUUUACGAUGCCUCCCACCUAGGCCUACGCAGAGCAAACGGUUACCAGCGGUGUUGUGGACAAUGUCCACUGUCUCUCUCCACCUUUGACAUGAG